GGGCGGAGUGCGCAUGUGCAGAGCGCUGCCCACUGCUUGAGCCCAAGCCCGACAGCGGGGGCUGGAGAGACAGCGGAGGUUUAGCUGCUAAGGGAAGCUUGAAAUGACGGAAUAUAAGCUGGUAGUGGUCGGAGCUGGUGGUGUAGGAAAGAGUGCCUUGACGAUCCAGUUGAUUCAGAACCACUUUGUGGAUGAAUAUGAUCCAACAAUUGAGGAUUCCUAUAGGAAGCAGGUAGUGAUUGAUGGUGAAACGUGUUUAUUAGACAUUCUGGAUACAGCAGGUCAAGAAGAAUAUAGCGCUAUGAGGGAUCAAUACAUGAGGACUGGAGAAGGAUUCCUCUGUGUAUUUGCCAUAAAUAAUAAUAAAUCUUUUGCAGAUGUUCACUUGUACAGAGAACAGAUUAAACGAGUAAAGGAUUCUGAAGAUGUUCCCAUGGUUUUGGUAGGGAACAAAUGUGAUCUACCUGCCCGGACAGUGGAUACGAAACAAGCGCAGGAGCUAGCUAGGAGUUAUGGAAUACCUUUCAUAGAAACCUCAGCAAAAACGAGACAGGGAGUUGAGGAUGCAUUUUACACACUGGUACGAGAAAUUCGGCAAUACAGAAUGAUAAAACUCAACAGUCAAGAUGAUAGAAACCAAGGCUGCUUGGGGUUAAAAUGCAUAAUUAUGUAAUUAGGAUAUAUUGGAUGCCUCUACAUAGCAGUCUGUGAAAAAUAUGCAAACAGAAUCUGAGCAAAGAUGGGGAAAAAGAACAAGACGAACAGUCUUUCAUGUGAAAUUGCAGACCAUACCUACCCCUUUUCUCUUAUCAAAAUGUGUGACAUGUAGAAUAGGUUUACUAGGUACAGAUGCACUCGCUCAUUCUCUUUCUAUACAUUACACUAAAUUUACUGGAUUUCAUUUUUAUAGUACACUAACCAAAUUAUGUGGGGUAUAGUAAUCAGACUGAGAUACAUAAUAGUCUGAUAAAAUUGAGUUUUUUUUAAUGUAAAGUGCCUGUUUACUGCAACAACAAAGAUUCCAGUUGUUUUGGACCUUCGUGCUAACUUAAAAUGCCUACUUCUGCCAAACAGAUUUAAAAUGUGUAAGUAUUGUAUCAAUAUUACAGUAUUGUAGACAUUUCGAGAUCCGCUUGGCAAUCUAUGGGUACAGUUCCUGUGGGCAUUCACCCCAAGCAUUAAGGAGCAAUACCAAAUUAGUGAAAUUGUGUAACUGUGAAACCAAUAAGUGCAAACUUGUUGAAAUGCAGUUACUUACUUCAGAUCAAUGGCUGGGUAACCACUUCAAUCUGUCUAGAAAGUUAAAGUGGUUAUGCCACAACAGUAUGAAGGGCAUAUUCUUAUGUGUGUUAUCUCCCUUGUUAAACCCAAAGCAAAUAGUUGGAUGCCUAUGAUCCUGACUUGGGAAUCAUUGAUAAUAUUUCUAACAAAUUUCUGUUUUUCAGUUUUUCUGCUGUUUGUGCACAAUUAAGAAAAUUUUACCUGUUGGGCCAAUAACUGGACUGGGAUUCAUUCAGACUAAAUAGGAAGCUUAGCAGUUCCUCAAUCAGUGCAGCGAGGUUCUUAAGCUGUUCUUAAAAUAAGUUCUUUUUUUUUUAAAAAAACAAACCUGAUCAGCACUGUGUUCAGUACGUUUGUGGCUGGUUCCUAAUUGUAGUGAUUUUCAUCAGCCCUUAGUCCAAAUAGGUUUGGAGUACAUUUUCAACACCCAUUCUCACUAAAAGGCACACAAGGCUGAGAUCAAUUAAGAGUAUUAAUGGGGAGUGAAGGGGAGUGACCUGUGUGGCUUUAUUUUCCCGUGUGCCUUACCUGAUCUGGGAGUGUUUGUUUUCUGUUUACAGUGCAGCCAAUCCUUACAUUGCCAGGCAGCAUUAUCCAUGUAGACACAUUAUCCAUUUCAGGCCUAUAUAACAUUGUUUUGUUAAUAUGAUUUGAUGUCCACUGUACAACAACUGGAAACCUUUAAAAGCAAAAUUAUUGGAAACACUAGCCUUUGUGCAGAAGCAUUUCAGUAGCAUUUCAAAAGAAAAAGAAUUUGAGUCUUGAGUUUUAUUUUUUGGCCAGAGGGAACCACAAUGCUAUUUUUAAAACUAACAAAUGAAUGAUAUUUCAGGUCUGUUAAAUUUCCUGAACUCCUCUUCACAACCAGAAAACAAAAUCAAGAUUUAAAAUAGUGUUUGGUAUGUAACACUGCUUGAUUUAGAAUUUGGAGCUUGUAUCUUUUAACAAGCUAUUAAAGUAUAAAGUAGCUUGAGGAAGAUUUUCCAGAUAAAUCAAUUUAAAUAUUAAUAACAUCAAGACCAAAGCAGCUGCAUGAAGUUAGAUAAUGUGUCCUAAAAUGUGAGAUAGUAAUGAGUAACUCCCCGAGUUAAACAAUGUGCAAUGAUGAGCAUAAGAUGUACCAAAAGAACAUACUUUUUUAAUAUCCUAGGGCGUAUUCUUCUGUCAUACAUGGCUCUGCACCCUUUACUGUACAUUGAAGGCCAAAUUGCACUUCCCAUAUUUAAAAUUCUUAGCUUUCCAUUUUAAGAAGGAAAAUCUAAUAAGUAAUUCAUGCUUGUUUACAGCCUGUUCUGUUUUAGUUUAUUGUCAGUAUUACCAACCCAUGUCAGCACAUCUCAAUAUGCUGAUGUUUCUUGGGAACAUCAAGACCCAUUUGUAGAAAGCUUCAGAAAUUGGGAAGAUUACAUCUCAUGCAGAUUUGUGUACCACGUUUACAGCAUUGAACUCAUUCACUCCUAAAUACAUCAAGCCCUCAGACCAGUUCUGCCAGAAAAUUAGAUCAUUAUUGGUGUAGCAUAUUCUGGAGGCUUUGAGUAUUGGCAAAUUGAACCUGACAUUCUGCAUCUAUUGAUAAUGCCUAUUAACUGAAAAGGACUUAAAUCCAAUUUUGCUUUGCUGAGAUAUGAUUGAAUGAUGGUCACGUCUUGACCUAGGUCUUGCAAGCAUUUUUCCUUUAUUCUCAUUUAUGUCUCCCCAUGAUGUUAAACUUUAAAGUCAGCCUCAAAAGAGUUUGAUUUACUGGAAGUUCAAGCUAUGUAAUUGCUGACUUGGAGUUUGAAUUUGUUUAUUUUCAGUGCUCUCAUACUUGUAGAUGUGGCAUCCCCCAAGGUAUGUGUGGAUAACAAUUUGUUCUUCAGUCUCCUUGCUGCUAUAGCCUGCACCUCUUUCAUAAUGUUCAGGAACUCCAUGGGCAGUCCAAAUGAAGCUCAUCACUGUGGCUUCCUGUUAACAGACUGGGGCAUUCUUUCCACUUCUUUUUCUACUCUUCUCUGAAAGCUUAGUUGUCAUAGGUUGACAUUCUCAAUAAGCUGAAAAGAACAAACUACUAAGUUGUGCAUUACAGACCAAGAGCAAUGCAGCAAUCACAAAACGCGUGGUCAGUGUCAAUAUCAUUAUUUGGCUGACUAAACAAGCUGCAAGCUGAAUAGGUCAGAAAUUCCAAUGUAGAUUUGUUUCUCUAGUGUUAUUUAUUGCAUGGCAGCCAUGAAUUAUCAGAUUUAUGCAGCUCUCUCACAGAAUUAAUAUGUUGAAGUUCUGAAAAAAAAGACUCUACCUCCUACAGUCAGAUUCAAGAACUGUAUGUUCCACAAAAUGCUGCAAAUAGUCGUGCUGUUUUUUUGCUACGUGAUAUAAACCCCUCUGCCAGAACGCUAGUAAAUCAGACAUUAUCUUUUUAAACUCCAUUGGUUUAAUUGCAAGUUAAUCUGAAUUUUUCACUUUGUAAACACAUUGGUAUACAUACAGUUGCGAGAAUGAUUUUGUUUAAUGUUGACAUGCUUUUCCAGUUUUGUUCAGUGGUCCAAAUCAUUCUGUUGAAGUUGAUGUCAUUUUCUGAUGGAGUUAAAGUAUUAGCAUUCGUGUAACGGCAGGGGUUUUGGUUUGCAUUUAUCAAAGCAUUUGCUACAGUUUCAGACUGAUAGCCAUUUAUUACAGUUGUAUUAAGACUCUGAGACACAGCAUCUUUUUUGCAUUUCAGUUUUCAGGAGUAGGGACUUUUAUUUUCACUACUGAAUGCUGUUUGUAGAUGGAAAAUAAUGUUUUCUGUCUAAUAUCAUCAUAUUUCCUGCCAAAUCUAUUGCUUUGUAUUUGGAACUUCAGUUAACAAAUGUCAUGUAUUAAUAAUGUAUGGUUAAUCAGUAUAAUUGAAAAGAUGUACGUUUUACCCUGUUUUGAUAUUGUAUUUGUAUUCAAUGUUCAAUUCUCCCAGAGUUGUGAUUCUCUUAGUUAAUUUCGUAGUCAUCUCCAAACUAAGAUUUCAAUGUGUUGAUAAACUGUUAAUGUUUGUACUAGACAAAUUUGAUACCAUUAUUUUGACAUAUUCUUAAUGUGUUAAGUUUUUAGAAUGAGAUCUGCUGAUCUAAAUUCCUCCACUGCUUCCCCAUACCCCUUCACUACCCUCAAAUUCACAUCCUCAAGAAAAGAUGCUGUCUGUCUUGGGCUUCUACAUAGUGGAAUGGAAUGCUUUUUCAUUCUUGGCAUGUGCAGAAGAUUCAGUUUAUCAUGGAAGUUGCUCUGGGGCAAUGCAUUUGUGAUGCACUAAAUGAGCAUGCUCAAUGUAUUGAGAUUCAGGUAAAAAGUAGUGUAACAAAUUGAGUGAUAAAAACAGACUGUAACAAUUUCUGUGGUUUUGCAGAAAGGCAUUGCUUAUGGGAACACUCAAAUUGCACAAAUAGAUUUUUAUUAAUAACCCUAUGAGGAAUUGAGAUUUGUAUGAUGUAAUUUUGGAAGUAUGUAUUGUUUCUUUGAGCAAACACUCUUCACUUUUGUUUUUAUAUGUACAGUAGUUAGUGUCAUUUUCAUAUUCUAGAGAAGUAUUGUGUACCUGUUUUGAUAUUAGAGUGCAGGUUAAUAAGUUUUGUAAAACUUUUGGUUUGUAAAACCAUGAACUAAUCUUGCACUGAUUAUCUCUCUUCCUGUCAUUCCCGUAUUCGCAGUCUACAACAGCAAUGAGGAUAUGGUCACUUACGCUGGAUAAAAUUAUUUGUUUUUAGUUUUAACUAUCAUGCUGUAAAAGAUCCAGCAAAUUACCGAAUUGGUCUUCAUUCUCACCACUUUCUCUCUGCCCUUCCUUAUAUGCAUAUGCGCACACAAUUUGCCAAAAAAAAGGGCAGUAAUUGUGACUGAGACUUUCUAAUGAGCUGGGCCAAAUUGGAACAUAUCCCAGUUUUGUUUUCUUGUUUCAUAUAUCCCAGAUUCAAGCAUUUGGCAUUGUUCAAAGUGAUGAAAAGAAAUAUUUGAGUGUUCCCUGAACUGUAUAUACUACAUUUUCCCCCUUUUUGGUAACUACAAAGUAUGUCUUGUUAAUUCAAGUGCUGGUUUGCUUUCAUGAUUGUGAAAAUGGCUAGCUGAAAGUAUAUUUUUGCAUGAUGUAACUGCUUUUUCCCCACGAAAAUGUUGACGCUUUUGUAAAUAAUAUUGUCUUUUAAACUGGGAAACUUUCUGUAAAUGAAAGGAAUUUCUCUUGAGCUCUGGGACAAAAGGACUAGAAAAUAUACAAAGCACUGGUGACCUUUGAUUUCUACGGUCGUUUCUCCUGCAUGCAGGAACAUUCACCAUGAGCCAUUUUGUGUAUUCAAUGCAGUGAGACAAUAAAAGAGAACCUAUUCUGUA